GGCCGUGGAGUCACUCACUUGGUGGGACUGUGGAGUCACUGGGUGGAUGUAGUUGGAGUCACUGGUGGAUGUAGUGGACUGCACAGAGCCAACUAGUCCGGUAUUUGAAUUGAAAGUUGGCCUACGUCUCAGCGAACACCUCAGGGCUCCUCGGGGUUUUCAGUGGUUUUCUUCGGACAUGUACGGUUCCUCUUGGGUCUUCAGUCCCGUUACUCUACAGACCGAAUGAGCGCGUUGUCCUGAGAGAGCGAUGGAAAGUCGACCACUCUAAGUGGAUCCAUGGACUGUCCGCGGACUUGAGAUCUGGGGAAGUUGAAUUUGUCUUCAGUGAGAAUGAGGAUCCUGCAGAUACUUCUCCUCAUCUGUGAGGCUGUGUUGUUGACUGACUGCGCAAGAGGACCCCCGCAGGUGGCCGACCAGGUGGCCCACCGGCAGAGCGCCCGGCUGGGCAGCGCCAUCAAGCUGCCCUGCCCCGUGGACGGAGACCCCCCGCCCCUCAUCAUGUGGACCAAGGACGGGCGCAACAUCCACAGCGGCUGGACGCGCUUCCGCAUCCUCCGCCUGGGCCUGAAGAUCAAGGAGGUGGAGGCGGAGGACGCCGGCACCUACGUCUGCAAGGCCACCAACGGCUUCGGCAGCGUCAACAUCAACUACACCCUCAUCGUCAUCGAUGACUCUGGUUCUGAUAAAUCCAGACCCGGGGGACCCGCUGGACCACAUUCGGACGUUGGGCCGGAUAGCGUGUUGGGGAAACUAGCCCGCCCCCGCUUCACGCAGCCCGCCAAGAUGAGGAAGCGUGUGAUCGCCCGGCCGGUGGGCAGCUCGGUGCGUCUGAAGUGCGCGGCGAGCGGGAACCCGCGGCCGGACAUCGUGUGGCUGAAGGAGGAGCGGCGGCUGACGGAGCGGGAGGUGGGGGCGGGCCGGCAGAAGAAGUGGACCCUGAGCCUGCGGGGGCUGACCGCCGAGCAGAGCGGCCGCUACACCUGCAGGGUGUCCAACCGCGCCGGGGAGAUCAACGCCACCUACAAGGUGGAGGUCAUACAGCGAACCAACUCCAAGCCGGUGCUGACGGGCACGCACCCGGUCAACACCACGGUGGACUAUGGGGGCACCACCUCCUUCCAGUGCAAGGUGCGCAGCGACGUCAAGCCCGUCAUCCAGUGGCUGAAGCGGGUGGAAACGCACGAGGAGAGCCGCUACAACACCACCAUCGAGGUGGGCGACGACCACUUCGUGGUGCUGCCCACCGGGGAGGUGUGGUCGCGGCCCGACGGCUCCUACCUCAACAAGCUGCUGAUCACCAGAGCCAAGGAGGAGGACGCCGGCAUGUACAUCUGCCUGGGCGCCAACACCAUGGGCUACAACUUCCGCAGCGCCUUCCUCACCGUGCUACCAGACACCAAGCCUCCCACCCCGCCCAUCUUCGCCCCGUCCUCCAACUCGCUGCCCUGGCCCGUGAUCAUCGGCAUCCCCGCCGGCCUGGUGUUCAUCCUGGGCGUGGUGCUGCUGUGGUUCUGUCAGAACAAGAAGCACUGCCCGCCGCCCGGCCCCCCGGCCCCCCAGGGCCUGCAUGGCCCACACCCCCGGCUGGCUUACCGGGACCGGGAGAGAGGCUGCGCCGCCCCCUCGUCCGGCUCCUCCAGCCCCGAGAAGGAGUGCUCCGUGGGCUCCAUGAACUACGAGGAGUACCUGGCCCAGCAGCAGCAGCAGCUCCUGCUGGGCCAGGGCAGCUCGGGGCUGGCCACCAAGAUCUACCCCAAGAUCUACACGGACAUACACACUCACACACACUCCCACGUGGACGGCAAGGUGCACCAGCAUCAGCACAUCCAUUACCAGUGUUAACCCCCCCCCGCUCUGUCACAGGGACCGCUGUGGUCUAGUGAACCCACACCAGCUCUGGAGGUCUCAAACCCACCAGGGCAAAGCUCCCUCCUUUGUUUUUAUAGACACCUUUACCAAAUCUGUGCCAAAGUCUUGCUGCAGCGGGGCAUUGAUGGCUGUGCGUCCGAGCGAGCGGUCCUGUGAUUGACAUGUUGGUGGUCAGUGAUACAACGCGUCAGGUUCGCUGCUUUCCCUUCCCUGCUCGUCACCAUGGUCACACCACUAAAGAGAAAAACAUUGGAUUCCUCCGGUGCACUAAAGGAGUCGGUGCUGUGUCUCGUGUGUGUUUCCAGAAGCAGACGAAUCAAUGCUAAGAGGUCGAUGGAUUCCUGUUGGUGUGUCUAGUGGGUUUUUCCACCUUCUGCUCAAGUGAAGUUCAAAAGGGCUCCUUUAAGCUGUUCACUUCCAUAACUCUGUGCAUGCUCCAUGGUCGAGGUAAUUCAAAUGGUACUGAAUAUUUUUACAAAAAGGGCUGGUUUAAUGCUCCUUCUCAGGUAUCCCUUUGUUAGCGUGACAUGGUGUUUGUAAUGCCCGUAUGUUAAACGCCUACCACUAUCCUCACAAAACAGAAUUUAGCCCUCUUUAGAUGUAUGUGAACCCUAGGACUGCAAGGGAUAGAAUAAAAAAUGUGUUUCCAUGUUGUGUGAUUAGACACCAUCUACAUUCUCCAUGACCUUCUUCAGUUAGUUGAGCAAGAACAUCAAAUGUUUUCCCCGUCAAAUGAUUACCAGCCAGGGUAGAAAGUGUUUUGGACUGCAACCCUACCCAACCAAUUUAUGAAGCUCUAGUUGUUUAUAUCCAAAUUGAGUCGUAUUUAAUUUAUUUUAAUAAGAAAAUGUAUCAAUAGUUUAUUUUUCAGAGUUAUGCAUUUUACACAUCAUUGUAAGUUUAUUAAAGUAUACUGUAGUCCUGUAUAGUAUAUAUUUGAGUAUUUUUGUCAAGAUAGAGUAAUCACAUGUAUAUGGAAAUGUUUACUGUAGGUAUUUUAAUUUGUUGUAUGACAAUCUUGUAUUAUACAUUUACUCAAGUAUAAAAUCUAAAUCAUCUAUUUUGAUGAUUUAGCCGUUCGAUUAAAUGACUUGAAACUCAUUCAUCCUUCUUUUGAGCCGGCUAGUGAAAGCCUCAUGAGUUCUUUACACAACAGACUCAAACCUGUUUUGUUCCCACCUGUUCACAUCAGGAUCAGAACUCCUGUUUUCAUCUCCAAGCGGUCCAGGUGUGGAUUUUGCGUUUGUGACGGCAACAACCCCCAAUAGAUAAACACCAGUGGGAAGACAAGCAGCCCAGCCUCCAUUCAUACUGGGCAAGAAGAGACGGGCCGGACUGGUCUGAAGAGGGUGACACAGGGGGCAGCCAGCAAUCAGUGGGAGAGAUAGCUCAGGUGAAUAGAUACUGUUCAAAUAGAGGACCCUCACAGUCCCCUUCACAUGAGGGAUGGACCCACCCUGCAAGGCGACACCCGUCUUCCCGCAUCUUUCCCUCCCUCCUGUUUAAGAAAGUGAAUCGGUGCCCUCGCCUCCGCGCGGUCCAGCACCUCAUUCACCUCCUAUCCAGCUAGGAUUUGCUUUCACCGUUUAGGAAGUGCAUUGUCCCGCUGCGAGGCCGCUGUGACGGGGCAAAGAAGGGCAGCAUUGUGUCGGCCUGCUCUUGUUUUGCAUUAGUAAGUACUGCGAGCCGGGGAUGAGCUCCAGAUGGAAGACUAUAGGUUGAAUAGAUGGUUGAUCUCCCCUCUGAAAGGCUCAACAUGAUCCAACACAUGUAUACAUUGAAUAGGCUUCGUUUUACCCCUCUGUGAGAUGACCUCAACUUUUAUGUAUUGUGCUGAAUACAAUUAUGCAUUCACUGUUUCACAGUAAGGCAACACUGCCACCUUGAGGUGAUGCAGCCCCAAACAUGAAUGAACAACAAAAUCUCAUUCUUUAACAGCUUUAUUAUAAUCAAGUAUGCAGCACGUGUAAAACAGACUUACAAAGAGAUGAAAACUUCUGACAGUAUAGAGAAACAGGGUUAGAAGAGAAGAAAUGAUACUCCCAAGAGUAAAAUCUUAAAAUCAAUAUUAGAUUUUAAGAUUAUUUCGUUUCAUUCAAUUCAGCAAUAUCUAGUUUAUUAAUUUAAAAAAUAUUCUAUAAAGACAUGAAUAUAAGACAAACAAUGAUGAAAAAGAAGGACAAGGUUGUCAGCCCGUCUGGACUUUGGCAAUGAGUUCGUCACACAGGUUGGUGAGUUCGACCACCUCCUUCACCUGGAAGACAAAGCACACAUCAGCAUCCACAGACGUUUCCGACGACACCCUCAGGAGUCCUGGUGCGCGGGCUCACCUUCUGAUCGUAGUUGCUCUCCAGGGCCUGAGACUUGAGCUGCUCCCUGCGCAGUUGGGCUUGAAGUCCGGACACCUCGGCCUUGAGCCGUGAACGCACCUCCCCCGUUUCCUCAUUAGCCCUGAGGACAACACAAACAUCUCAUUGAUCUACACACACCCACACCAACACACACCCACAGUAUAGUAGAAGCAGAACGCCGGUACUAGACACACUUGAUGGCGUAUCAAGUGUUUCCCCUCCGUUUCCAUCCAGCAGCAGUGCUGCUUUGUGUGUAUGCGUGUGAGGUGCACCAUCUUGAUGUGCAUAAUGCACAGUAUUGAUAUGCGUGUGCACAGAGCUGAUUUUCUGGCAUUAAUGUUUGUGAAAAGGCAGUGUUCAGUCGAAGAUGUGUCACCAUCCCAACUUCUGGGAUCAUAACACGGUGGGUCCCGUCUAUACAAUCAAAUAUUUAAGCUACUUUCUGUAUUGAAGUCCCUUGUGCUGCAUUAACUCUGCAUGCUCCUUACUUCAAGUCCGGAGCAAAUCAUGGGACGAUGCCCCCAACAGUAUCAUCAUGCCCUC